ACUCCUAUAGUUUAGGACAAACUCCUUGAAUUGUUUGGAGUAAUUAAGUCCUGGAGUAGUAGAUUGAAGAAAGACGAGGGAAAGCCAAAAGCAAAAACAAAAAAAAUGGUGCAGCAACUCCUAUCUUCUCCUUCCAACUUCUCCAUCAAAACCCAACUCCCAAGCCAUGGACCAACUUCUCUCCCCUACCAUUCUCUCUCCUCCCGUAAUUCCUUCAUCACUAGUACUAACCAUUUUAAGCUUACCAAAAACUGGGUAUCUCAUAUAUCUUCUUCCAAGCUCUUGUUUUCUGUAAAAUGUCGCCAAUCCUCAGAAUAUUUUGAACAAUCUACUCCUAGAUUUUCUCCUUCUUACUCACCAAAUCCUCCAACUUCUUCUCCAGGUGGUAUGCCUAGGGUUUUUGUUGGCCAUUCCAUAUAUAAAGGGAAAGCUGCUCUUACUGUGGAACCGAAAGCUCCGGAGUUUGUGCCGUUAGAUUCAGGUGCAUUUAAAAUUUCAAGGGAAGGUUACAUUUUGCUUCAGUUUGCUCCCGCUGCUGGUGUUCGUCAAUAUGAUUGGAGCAGAAAGCAGGUGUUUUCUCUUUCAGUGUCUGAAAUUGGAAGUCUGGUGAGCCUUGGUGCUAAAGAUUCAUGUGAAUUUUUUCAUGAUCCAAACAAAGGGAAAAGCGAUGAAGGAAAAGUAAGGAAGGUAUUGAAAGUAGAACCCCUUCCAGAUGGCUCUGGCUACUUCUUUAACCUAAUUUCCAUGAAUUUUGAAUGUCCAUGUUUGCUUCUGAAGUAUCAUUUUCACCUGUCGAGAAUUACAGAUCAAGGUGUUCAAAACAAGCUUCUGAACUUGGACGAGAACGUCUAUAUACCCAUCUCUAAAGCAGAGUUUGCAGUUCUUCUGUCAGCAUUCAACUUCAUUUUGCCAUACCUUAUAGGUUGGUAUGCCUUUGCUGAUUCCAUAAAACCAGAGGACAGUAAUCGUGCCAACAGCUCGAACACAAGAACGGUAGAUCAUGAAUGGAGUAGAUAGUUUGCCAUAUGAAAGAAUGGAACUUAGCUUCGGUGAUGUAGUUUUAAAUGAUUUUUUGUGUUAUCAGAAAGAUUUGUAGUAAUGUUGCAGGUCUCAUGGUUUGUUUUAUUUACAUUAAUUGAUGUGUUUGUAAUCCUGUUUCUUAAUCUCGUUGAAGAUUAGGAAGUUUUGUGGGGGAGGUCUCAAAUACUCAAUGUUUACGAUUAAGAAUGGUGGAAGAUGACAGACUAAUAGUAGUAUUUUGUUCUUCAUA